AUGGCCAACGAUAAGAAACAGCCGGGCUUGGCUUGCCAGAAAUGCCGGACGCCAAUAGACAUCGAUGCCUCCAUUGACCAGCUCAACCCGGCAGCCUUCAAGUUAUUGACUGAUUCCACACUAUCAGCCCAGCAGCCAGUAUCAAGAAUAUCACCAAACCGCCAGUCGCGCCCUCCCAACCCUCCCGAACACCUGAAGACAUAUCAAGAUGCGGCCAAGGAUGCCAGGAACCCUACCUUUAAACGCAACAUACAAGGCGCACCACCUUCAGGACUCACAAAUGGCCCCCAGAACCCCGCCAUGUCCUUCAUCGACGUACACAUGUCCGAGUCGAUGAUAGACCCACCCGCCCCUCCCGAGAAGCCGAGUGCAAACGACAAGGCACGACGGAAGAGCUUCACAAACGGUCCAAGCAUACCAGGCGGUGCAAGUUUGGCAGAUGGGCUGGAGACGACAAAUCGCAUGUUCGAAAUCCUAUCCGCACGCUCCGACAUCGACCACCCCAUCUGCGUAGAAUGCACCGACCUCCUCAUCGACGGUCUCCAAAAGCGGCUCGGCGUCGCAACCCGCGAACGCGACGCUUAUGUCGACUACCUCCGGCGCGCCAACACCGACGUGCCCUCGGCCGACGAGGUCCGAGUAGCCGAAGCCGCCCUCAAAGCAGCGAAAAAGGCCGAAGCCGUCGCCAUAACCCAACUCGAAGCCCUCGAAGCCGAAAAAUUCGAACUAGACAACCAGCUUGCGGCCCUAGAAGCCGAGUCCCGCAGCCUCGAUAUCGAAGAAAGCGAGUUCUGGAAGUCGAGAAACGAAUUCAACACUACGUUGACGGAGAUACAGAAUGAGCGUGAUGCGCUCGCAACGCGGUAUGCGCAUGAUGCGCAGGUUCUGAAUCAGCUGCAGAGAAGAAGUGUGUAUAAUGAUACUUUCAAUAUAACGCACGACAACCAUUUCGCCACCAUCAAUGGUUUAAGGCUUGGGCGCCUGCCAAACCCUUAUGUCGACUGGCCGGAGAUAAACGCCGCAUGGGGGCAGACAUGUUUGUUGCUUGCUACGCUGGCUGAGCGACUAGGGUAUAAAUUCGACGGCUACGAACUUUGUCCCAUGGGCUCUACAUCUACCAUUACCCGUUUAGAAGCUAAAGGCGGCGGUGGUGGUGGUACUUCAAACGCGGAGUCGACACGUCAACCAGGUCAUCACGGUAGUACGAGUGCGAGCUCCCCUCAAGUGAGCAAACAUAGACUCGAGUUGUAUUCCUCCGGUGACUUUCCUAUAAACUUUGGCUUCUUACACAGGAAGUUUGAUACAGCCAUGGUCGCAUUCUUGGAAUGUCUGCGUCAACUUGGCGAGUUUGUCGAGAACUCGGCUACUGCAACACCCGGCAGUGGUAUGGGAGCUGGAGGAAUGGGUGGUGGUCAAGGAGGCCCCCUAGGUGGCGUCAAGAUGCCAUACGAGAUACGGAAAGAUCGCAUACAUGAUCAGAGUAUUAAACUCGCGUUGAAUAAAGAUGAGGGGUGGACGAAAGCUUGCAAGUAUACGUUGACAUGUUGCAAGUAUCUACUUGCGCAUGCGAAUAAUGUUGAGAGUAUGGGGGCUAGGCGGAGGUAA